UUCACAACAGAAGUACUGAGCGCCUUGGCAGGAAAGGGGGGGAAUAUUGCCUGACAACGAUUAUUUUUCUCUCAUAGUGGCUGUGGAAACUCAUAUCUGUAGUUGGAUACUCAGUCGGUAGGUCAGUUCGCCCUUCAGCCUUCGCCUACAACUUUGCCUCCUGCUGCAGCUGAAGAAUAAGCGGGUUCAUGACCACCAGGAAGCUGUUAAUUUCUUCAUACCUGGAUUAACUCGCGGGCUUCUUUCCCCCCCCUCCCCCAUUUUUUUUUUCUUUUACACUUUUUUUUUUAAUUUGCAAGAAAGAGACUUUUUCCUCAGCCAAAAUGUUGUGGAAAUUAGCCGACAACGUAAAAUACGAGGAUGACUGUGAGGAAAGGCACGAUAGUAACAGCAAUGGGAACCCACGGCUGCCUCACCUGCCGGCGGUCAGUCAACACCUCUACAGCCCGUCUACUUCCCUCUCACACUCGGCCAGUUCAGACUUCCAGCCCCCUUACUUUCCUCCUCCCUACCAGCCUAUCUCGUACCCGCAGUCUAGUGACCCCUACUCUCACCUCGGGGACCCUUUCAACAUCAACUCCAUACACCAGUCGCCAUCGUCGAACCAACAGCAGCCGUGGCCUGGGCGGCAAGGCCAGGAGGGGCUCGGCGCACACGGGAGGAGCGGACUCGCGAGUCAGAUCCUAGGCUUGGAGGGAGGCUCGUCAGGGGUUAGGAGGGAAGGGUUCCGCCGACCGGAGCUGCUGUCUCCACACGCUCACAGUCUAGAGUCGUCGGUUAUUGGCGAUAAUAUGGGGAUGCAUGACAUGGGACACGGGCUGGAUGAUGUUCAACAAGUAGACGACCACAGUAUAAUUAUGGCAGAUCAGACGGUCAUCAAGAAAGUAUUAGGACUUCGAGGUGGCAGGAACCUUGAUCGCUUACAGAGGACUUAUUAUCAGGGGGGAAUUUUCGCGGGGCCUGUCACUCUGCCUAAAGGAAACGCACUGGGUCUUCCCUUCCAGAAAGAGUCCCUGCUGGGCAUGGUGUCAAAUCCCACAGAGGUGUUUUGCUCCGUACCAGGCCGUCUUUCCUUGCUGAGCUCUACAUCCAAGUACAAGGUUACUGUGGCUGAAGUCCAGAGACGUUUGUCACCCCCAGAAUGCCUCAACGCAUCGCUCCUGGGAGGCGUUCUACGCAGAGCCAAGUCAAAAAAUGGAGGCCGUUCUCUGAGAGAAAAGCUGGACAAAAUUGGGCUUAACCUGCCUGCAGGAAGAAGGAAGGCAGCUAAUGUCACUCUACUUACCUCGCUAGUAGAAGGUGAGGCUGUUCAUUUAGCAAGAGACUUUGGUUAUGUGUGUGAGACCGAAUUCCCUGCAAAGGCAAUUGCUGAAUACCUGGGUAGGCCACAUGUGGAGCGGAAUGAGGCUAACUCGCGCAAGAACAUGCUCCUUGCUGCCAAGCAAAUCUGCAAAGAGUUUACUGAUCUGCUCACUCAGGACCGCUCACCUUUGGGCAACGCUAGGCCUGCUCCCAUUCUGGAACCUGGAAUCCAAGGCUGCCUGACUCACUUCAGUCUCAUCACUCAUGGCUUUGGCUCUCCAGCCAUCUGUGCUGCCAUGACCUCGCUUCAGAACUACCUGAAUGAAGCGCUCAAACAAGUGGACAAGAUGUACCUGAGCUCUGGUAGCGACACCCAGGGAUCCUCAGACAGUGGAAGUAAAUCUACUGACAAAAUGGACAAGCACAGGAAAUGAGAGCUUAAAGGAGAAUCCCUAUGAACCUGAGAUUCCCAGAGUCCCUUAAUCUUGCUGCCCUGACUUCCCUUUUGGACCUUUUUAAAAAUCAAUAUUUGGUAUUGUCUUUUUGAGAGCUGCAUUUGUGUGUGAAUGUGUGUGCUCACACUGUAAAUUUAUAGUUUGACAGGUUGGGGAUUUUUAACAGCCUGUCACAGCAGGCUACAAAUCAGUUACUGUUGGCAUGUGUGUUGAAUGCUCUGGAUUUGUCCUAAUGGGAGCCCGCUCUGUGAAAGAGUAAAGCCCUUUUCAGACAUGG